AUGGCUAGUCGGGUUUGCCGAAGCAGAGCUUUAGCUUCGGCUCUUCAGCCAGUCAGGCCUUCCAUUCAGGCUCAGAGUGCCGAGGCCCUCCGUUGCCUCUCCGCGACGGCCGCCCGGAAUGUCGCCAUCGGCAAGGACUCUCCCAACAUGAGGCACGCGCCUAGGAACCCAAUUGGCACUCUCAAGGCCCCAUUAGUGAAUCCGGCCGAUCAAUAUGCCUCCAAAGCCGACGCUCUCCAUAAAUAUGGAACCUGGAUCAUGGGUUGCCUUCCCAAAUACGUCCAGCAAUUCUCGGUCUGGAAGGAUGAGCUUACGAUCUACAUCCCUCCCGCCGGUGUUAUUCCCGUUUUCUCCUUCCUCAAAUACAACACCGCCGCCGAAUACACCCAAUGCAGCACCGUGACGGGCGCCGAUUAUCCUACCCGCGACCAACGCUUUGAAGUAGUUUACAACCUUCUCAGUGUUCGACAUAACUCUCGCAUUCGAGUGAAGACGUACGCCGACGAGGUUACUCCCCGCGAAGUCUACGACUUGUACGGCGUCUUCUUCAUUGGCCACCCCGAUCUUCGCCGUAUCAUGACCGACUACGGCUUUGAGGGUCAUCCUCUCAGGAAGGACUUUCCCCUCACAGGAUACACGGAGAUUAGGUACGAUGAGGAGAAGAAGCGAAUCGUCACCGAGCCGCUCGAGCUUACCCAGGCUUUCCGCAACUUUGAAGGUGGUUCUAGUGCCUGGGAGCAGAUUGGCCCCGGUCUUGAUCUUAAGCCCGAUACUUUCAAGCUUCCUACGCCAAAGCCGGAAGAGAAGAAGGAGGAGCCUAAGAAAUAA